ACAAUGACUAACACACUGAGGGAACAAUAUGAGGAGAAGGUUCGCCCACUUAUCGAUCUCAUCGAUUCGCUGCGAUCCCUCGGAGUGGAGAAGGACUUAUCACUGCCAGCCAUUGUGGUUAUUGGGGACCAGAGCUCCGGGAAAAGCUCUGUGUUGGAGGCACUUUCUGGAGUUGCGUUGCCAAGAGGUGGUGGUAUUACAACACGAUGUCCACUCGAGUUAAAGAUGAAGAAGGGGAUUGCUGAGUGGCAUGGGAUGAUCAGAUACCAGGGCCACACAGAAAACAUUGAAGACCCAAUGGAUGUGGAGAAAAAGAUCAGAGAAGCUCAGGACAAGAUCGCUGGGGUUGGGGUUGGUAUCAGUGAAGACCUCAUCAGCCUAGAGAUUACCUCGACGGAUGUGCCUGACCUCACACUCAUUGACUUGCCUGGCAUCACCCGUGUGGCAGUCAAAGACCAGCCAGAGAACAUUGGGGACCAGAUUAAGAGACUGAUUAAAAAGUUCAUCACAUCACAACAGACAAUCAACUUAGUGGUGGUCCCAUGUAAUGUUGAUAUAGCAACCACAGAGGCCUUAAUGAUGGCUCAUGAAGUGGACCCAAACUGGGAGAGAACCAUAGGUAUCUUAACAAAGCCAGACUUGGUGGACAAGGGCAUGGAGGAAACGGUGGUGGCGAUCGUUUCUAAUGAAAUUAUUCACCUCACCAAAGGCUACAUGAUUGUCAAGUGUCGUAGGCAGAAGGAGAUAAAACACCGCCUUUCCCUGAAAGAAGCCAUUAACAAUGAGACAGCCUUCUUCAAAGAUCACCCCUACUUCAGCACACUGUAUAAUGAAGGCAAAGCCACCAUUUCAAAUCUGGCAAAGAAACUCACACAUGAACUUGUUCAUCACAUUGAGAAAAUGCUGCCAAAGCUGCUGGAAGAGGUAGCAGUGAUGAUUGCUAAGACACAGAUGGAGCUGGAACAUUAUGGCAAAGGACCACCUGAGGACCCCACUGAGCAGGGCCACUUCCUGCGUGAUAAAGUGAUGGCAUUCACACAGGAUGCAGUCAACCUCACAACUGGAGAGAAGCUUAAGACUACUCCACAAACCAAUGUUUUUUCUGGGCUGAGGGAGAAUUUUAAGCAAUGGAGGGAUUAUCUGGAAGAUUCAGGAAACAUGUUUAACCGCAGGAUUGAGCAAGAAAUUCAGGAGGAUGAGAUUCAGUUCCGGGGCAGGGAACUCCCGGGCUUCAUCAACUACAAGACCUUCGAAGUGCUUGUGAAAGAACACAUCAAGCAGCUGGAGGAGCCCGCCAUUAAGAGCCUGAAGGAGAUCUCAGACAUUGUUAGAAAGUGCUUCAUCCAGCUGGCCCAAAGCAGAUUUGUGGGCUUACCCAACCUCUUCAAAACAACAAAAGAGAAGAUUGAGAAUAUAAAGCAAGAGAAAGAGAAGGAGGCAGAGUCCAUACUCAGGAUCCAGUUUAAGUUGGAGAACAUUGUGUACACCCAGGACAGAACGUACAACCAGAGCCUGACCACAAAGAAGAUUGAGGAGCACAAGGAAGAAGAUAGCAUAGAGGAACCAGAGUAUAGAGUGCCUGGCUCACAUUCUCAAGCCUACAGUACAAACAGUGCCACCCUGCAGGAACUCAGACAGCACUUCAAUGCCUACUAUAGCAUUGCAAGCCAGCGGUUGGCCGACCACAUCCCCAUGGUGAUGCUUUACCUCCUUCAGGAGUGUGCCAUCCAGCUGAACAAAGAUAUGCUGCAGAUGUUGCAGGAUAAGAUUUCCACCAAGGAUCUGCUCAAAGAAGACUCAGUCAUCUGCACCACGCGUACUGCUCUACAGAACCGCAAAAAUCGCUUAACAAAGGCCCACGACUGCCUGGUCAAGUGUUAG